AGGUAAAUAGCCUUAAAUCGGAAGGGAGCUGCUUCUCUGUGGUCUUCCACAAGAGCUGCCUGGGCUCUGCUGGCUCAGUAAUAACUGAGUGACCUUUUCUUUUGCUGUAUUAUGUCUGGCUGGUAAGGGAUUGCAUUUUGCAGCUGAUAAAGCCCUGACUUCAUUCAACUCGGCUCCUCACACGCUGCUUUAGGUAAGUUGUCUUCAGCCAGGACGGAGACAGACAGCCUUGGACUGCAAGAUACUAAAAGGAGGACACCUGUAGCUCGGAUGCGGUCAACACAAUUACUUGGCGGAUCCUUGAGGACCUCAUUAUUUUAAACUUAAAGAAUAGCGAUCUCCCUCCCCAUCUCUCCCACCCCCUCUUUAUUUUUUUCCCCAAACAAUGCUUCUUUUUGACCUUUUCCAAGGAGAAGAGCUACAAAGCAGCCUCUGUGCUUAUUGAACUGCCUCCCCUGUAUCGCUUAAUUGAGAAGGUAUACAAAUGCUCUCAGUCCAGCCAGACACCAAGCCGAAAGGUUGUGCUGGCUGCAACCGUAAGAUUAAAGACCGAUAUCUUCUAAAGGCCCUGGACAAAUAUUGGCAUGAGGACUGCCUGAAAUGUGCCUGCUGUGACUGUCGCCUGGGGGAGGUGGGCUCUACCUUGUACACCAAAGCCAACCUUAUCCUUUGUCGCAGAGACUAUCUGAGGUUAUUUGGCGUUACAGGAAACUGCGCUGCCUGCAGCAAGCUCAUACCUGCUUUUGAGAUGGUGAUGAGAGCAAAGGACAAUGUUUAUCACCUGGACUGUUUUGCAUGUCAGCUUUGUAAUCAGAGAUUUUGUGUCGGAGACAAAUUUUUCCUGAAGAACAACAUGAUUCUGUGCCAGACAGACUAUGAGGAGGGUUUAAUGAAAGAAGGUUAUGCACCCCAGGUCCGCUGAUCGGAUGCCACAUCAUUAAGAAUAAAAAGCACUACUUUCUUUUAUCUUUUUUGCUCAACAUGUAUAUAAGAAAUGACACAGGAACCUACUGAAUAGCAUAGAUUUAGGGAGACAGAAUGGUUGCGUGAAAUAAAAGGCGGACUGCAUCUGUAUGUAGUGAAAAUUGCUCCAGUUCAGAGUUGAAUGUUAAUUAAAAAGGUACUGUAUAUACAGCUGGAUUCUUUCUGCUUGCUCUUGGGAUUUUCAGUUUGUUUGGGGUUUUAUUUUUUUGUUUCUUUUUGUGUCAUUUGGCAUGAGAUGUUUAUUUUGGACUAUUGUACAUAAUGUAUUGUAAUAUUUGAAGCACAAAUGUAAUACAGUUUUAUUGUGUUACCAUUUGUGUUCCUGUUUGCUUCUUUGUAUUGUUGCAUUUAGUACAAUCAGUGUCUAAACUUACUGUAUAUUUAUGCUUUCUGUAUCUACCAGCUAUUUUAAAUGAGCUGUAUCUUUCUAGUAAAAAGCAUUAAAGAGCAAAUCCCAACCAUUAUGCUACACUUAGAGCUUAAGAAUACUGUUUACAUUAAAACUAUUUAGAAAACUAAUAACUAGCAGCACCUGCUGCUAAUGAUGCUAUGGUUAAGGGUCUAUCAGCACUUCUCUUAUAAGCCUCUAUUUUUCAGGGGUUAAGCAUCUGCAGUUUAAUUGCAUGGAUUUUCCUCAAAGAGCACUUUUAUUUUACUACAAAAUUUUGAAAAGCAAAUCUGACUGGUUUGAGCUAUAUUAUAAAAGGUGCAAAAGUUAAUGAUUUUGGGUGCUGCUUUUGUGCCCCUUAGGCAUUCCAAAUGCCUGGAUUUGAUUUUUAAUUUAGCUGGAAAAAUUAAGCCCUAAUGCAAACCAGUGCCUCUGGGUAUCUUAUUUUAUAUAUAUAUAAAUACAUAUAUAUAUAUAAAAAUAUAUAUGUUAUUUUUCUGAAAUCAUUAAUUUGAGAGGGGAGGAAAGGGAGAAGAUUUUUCUUUAUAUGCAUUUUAAAGAAGUCUUAAAAUUUGAGGGGUCUCUUUCUCCCUCAUCUCCCUCUCUCUCUCUUUCCCUUUUUUCUUUUUUUUUUUUUUUUCUUAAUUUUUAUUUUUUAAUCAGGGCUUAACCCUAAUAUGUUUUCUGGGGCUGCGUCCUCAACAAACCCUGGAAAAAAAAAAAAAAAAAAGCGAAAGUAGAAGGCGCUGUAAACAGCCCCCUCUGAGGGUCAAUUUACAUUAAGGAAACGACCCUGAGCUGACACUGGGAGAGUGACUGGUUGCUAAUUACCCACCUCGGUGAAUGCUGAAGGUAAUUUAAAUGCUGAUGUGGAUGGGACAAAACUUUGCAAUAGCGAGCGAGAGCUACCACACUCGACUGCACAGGUACCUUGCUGUCCGUGCCAACAUCCUACAGGUUUGUCCCAUCAAUACUGGCAAUUAAAAAUCCUUUUGACAGAGGUGGAAUCGCUGCUGACAGCUCCUGUUGGCAAUCAGUUCUUUUUCUAGGAGAGGUGGACCUCUGUUUUUAAAGCCAUGAAGCUAUUGCAUCAGCAGGACGUCCCUAAGUGCUCACGCCCCUGACAGAGCUUACAGGUGUUUGGCAAAGGAAAGCAGGAUGAAUGUUUAAAAAGUUGUUCAAUGCAUAUUUAUGUCUUGUCUGUUUGCCACUGUAAUCUAGCUCACUGGGAAAACAACCUGUAUUAAAAACAAACAAACAACAAAACAGUAUUGAGAAGGAAAAAAAAAAAAAAGCCAACAAGAAACCCACUACACCCUGUGUUGUACUCAAGCUAAGCUCUUGUUUUUAUUUCAAGUAUGAACCCAUGACUCUGCUCAAGCUGACUGCUGUCCUUCCCUGCUCUUCCUGUCCUGUUGCAGUUUCAGCAUGUUUUUGCUGGGGAUGGUCAAAGAAACUUUGCAAUGCAGUGGGGAAAUUCCUUAAGUGUAUGGUAAGAGCACACUGCACAGUGGCUUGACUUAGAAAUAGAUAUUUAGUUUUAAUGACUGUUGUUACAGUGUGUUUUUCUUUUUUUUCCUGGCUGUGAACCCUUUUGAAAAUAAGCAUGGCUCACAAAACUUGACUCUGACUCAUACAGGACCAGAAAGAAAUGCAACAACUCCUCAGGCUGUUCUUGUUAAUUAGAAGAAAUAGCUCCACAUAGUUUCUCAAAUUAAAUUUAGCCCUCUUUUGUGGACUAUCUUCCUUCCUAACCUUGAGCACAAGUGUCUCUUGCACUCCCUUCCACAGUCCCUUAAUGUCUUUGGGAUAACGAAGCAGUUGGUGUCAGAGGUACCAUUAGGCUCUCACAGACCCACUCCAGAGCAAUAAACAAGCUGUCCUUUCCAUGAAGGUCAGGAUGGACAGAAAAGGAAGGAUCACAUUAUCUUGUUUUGAGCCCAAUUUCAAUUUUCUUCUCCAGCCCCUCUGGGGUCUUUCCAUUAGAAACGGGGAAGAGCUCUCUUCUGCUUUCCAGUAGAAGGCUGCAGAACAGAUAGAAAUCCCUGGUUCAGAAAUAAGAAAGAAAGGUCCUUGACUCUGUCUUUGACUCCCUGUGGGCUUGGGCAAGUCACUCAGCUUCUCUGUGCCUCAGUUGUCCCUGUCUGUCCCGUGGGGCUGAUGGAUACAGUGCUUUUGUAAAGCAUGUUUGGCUCUUCAGAAAACCAAGAGCUGUGCGAGUGUGACAAGCAGGGCUGGGACACCCUGGGAGGAGCAGAGCAUUCCCAGGAGGGAACCACAGAUCCCAGGCAGGAAAGCACCAACACCAGCUCAGCCUGAGGAAGGAUGGCUGGGGAUGAUGGCAAUUUAACACUAGCAGUGCUGUAAAUGCUCAAGGAAUCUCUCAUUCCCACAAAGUGCCACUGCUCAGCUCUUUAUGGAGCAAAUGAAGAGAGGGAAAUGGGCAAAGAGUGGCUCAUUACUGCAUGCUACAUUGCUCAUAUGUGCAUUUUGUGACCUAGGCUCAAAGUGUGGAAGAGGAAGGUGGUCCUGCUAGGGAGAAAAAAAAAACGGUCUCACCAUUCUGUCAAUCUUAAUUGAUGCAAGGAUAAAGAAAUGUGGAUAUGUUUGCAGUGCACAAUGGUAUGGCAUUGCUUUGAGCACUUUAUGCUCAUCUAUCUCAUUCACAUACAUAUCUAAAAUUUGUACGUGAAGGAUACAGAAUAAAUUUAGAUUUGAUGUAGGUCAAAGAUCAAUUACACAUUUUCCUGUGUUUCAAACUUCCAUCUUGCCUGGCUGUUAAAAUAAUGACUGAGAGUUGAAAUAUUUAAUGGAAACAUUUACAACUCCAAUAAAGUAAAUCAUCAAAAGUCAAUACUGGAGAGAGAUUAUCUGCCAGGCCACUUUAGUGAUCAUUUUGACAGAGGUCUAGACCAUUCCUAUAGGUUGCUUUUUGUUAUCUGCCUUGGUUCUCCUUCUCCAUCACUGUGUGUGUCAGCAAGCUGUCUGCAUCCAGCAAACCAUGCUGACAGUGACCCUUACUCAGUGUAUUUGCCAGGCAGGAAUGCUUCCACUUGUGCCUCCCAUCUUUAUCUGAACACAUCAUGAAGUUUAGCCAGACAAAAUAAUAAUAACAACUUUUUCUUUUUUUUUUUUUUAAUCUUCUACAAUCUACUUAGAUCGCUGGUUUUGAGCUGUGUGGAAAACUAAAAAUUGUCAAACUUUGAUUUUCAACUGUAAAAAGCUCCUCUGACAACUGUAACCUGCUGUGUUCUGUUAUCUGCCACAACUGGUGAUGGAUCAAGAGAGCCUGGAUUUGGCAGAAACAGUGACCAGGGCUAAAAGUUGAUCUAUUUCUUGAUUGUGUUUUUCUAUCUUCUGGGUUGUUUGGUGGUUUGUUUUUUUUUAAGCACACUUUCAUGUUUUCCUAUCCUCCCAAAAUGUUCAAAUUUUUGCUCACGUAAUGUAAAUAAAGGAAAAUCAUCCAGCAAUCCCUCAAAUGUUCCUAAUUGCCUACACCUAAAAUGACUUGGGGAAGAUAAAUUGAAAAGUGGUCAGUGAGAAGGGAGACUGGGAAAAGAAACAAACAGGGACUGUGGCAAGGUUUCGACUGUAUAGAUUUUAAAGUACUUUAAAGGCUUUUUUCAACGUGAUAUGCAGCAGCUUCUUAUAAUUUUCUCAGCAGUAGGUAGUUUACAGUCAUCUGUACCUAGAACAAAUCUUGUCAAAAAUGAAGGUCUGUAGUGAUUGCUGGGUAUAAUUUUAUACAUUUAGCUGAUUUUUCUGAAAGCUUCCACUGUGCUGCUGUUGUCAGACUAAAUUAUCAAUUUAGCCAUUUGUUGUUCAAUGAAUAAAAAACUCCUAUGG